AUUAUUUCUACUGUUUGCUAUUGAUUUCUACCAGUAAAUAUAUCAGUACACGAUACUCUGUACCCUAUAGCUGAGUCAUCUAAACGCUGAUUCAGCGAUUACGCCACCUCCUCUCAGGCCAUCCGUGGAUCGCUCAUCUUCCCUACUCCAGAUUCUAUCGCUCUGUCCUCUAUUGUAUCUGUGUCUUCUCUCUCUAUUACAUCUAUUCCAUCAGACCUGUCAUAUAUUAUAAUCGCUUUGUUUGUCAUCUCAUCUCGAACUUAUCUCCCUCUGAUAUCACCUGACCUCUUUGUCCUCCACGGUCGCAAUUCCCCUACUUCUUUUUUACUACUUUGCUACUUCUUUACUGUUUGCUCUCUUCAUGACUAUAAAUACGACUAGCCUCUGCCUCUAAUCCUUCUACUUCCUCUUCGCAUGGAUGUUUCGUCUGCUCCCCUGGUCCUCAGUUCUUGGAGGCGACAUCACCAACCAUACCAUUCCCAGCAAAGACCACAACAACAACAACACCAACAACAGUCAUAACAACAUCACCGACCAUAACAACCACUCCCUCUCAAUGCUCGCAACUCCACCAUCUUGCGCCUCGCAUGGCGUUCCUCUACAAAAUAGUCUCCCUCUGUCUUUCAACAAUCCAAACUCACAACUGAAGCGAAAGCGUUCCCCCUCUCCCGAUGCGCCCGACACUCCCGCGCCAACCAGGUUAUGUUGCGAUCGCGACCCCAGCGCUAACACUACCAAUGCGCCGGUCGCUCCCUUGUCGCCAUCGUCGCAGAGUUCCGUCUCCCAAUACGCUGAACAGCCCCAUCACCAGCCCUCACCCCCGGUCGCAUCGCAUACUAAGAGUGUCAACGUCGACAAGCUACAAGAGACUUUGGAAGCCCAACUGAGUCUGGAAGUGCUGCUCAAACACAACGAAUUACGUUUGAUCGACCAGGAACUCGCCAAAUGUCAAGUCGCGUUGGAACAGUUGCGUCGCUGCUCUGAGAUUCCCUAUCCCGGUUCGCAAGUCGCAGGUUUGUCGCCCUCGUUGGCCAACGGGACAGGCAUGGCGGUCUGCCCUCCUGGAAAUGGACCGGUACCGUCGUCGCCUGCUCCGUGGGGUGUCACAGAUGGGCCCUACUCUCAUCACUACGCCAGAUGGUUGCUUCCCGAUCCUCGAUUCGACGGUGGUCACAUCGACGCUGGAACACCUUGGGGUGCUGCUUCUUCCAUGCCAGGCGCAACCACUAUUGGCGCAACCCCCUUCGAAGGUCGUUCUACACGUGGUACUUCCGGCGACUAUUCUGCUUUAACCAAAUCUCGACCUCAACGCGGCUCUGCCAGUGGUGCGAAGCUGCAGGCUCUGGCAAAUGGUUGCCCCCCUGUUAGGGAACGGGCUGGUCCCAUGAUUAUCCGGCGAAAGUCGGAUGGCGUGAUGGUCAAGCUGGUCUGCUUGGAUUGUCGACGAGACAACUUCUCUAGCACUCAGGGAUUCAUCAACCAUUGUCGUAUCGCUCACAAUCGCAACUUUGCCAGUCAUGAUGCCGCUGCCGUGGCUUCCGGUGAGCCAGUCGAGGUGGACCAAGCCGGUGCGAUGGUUGGGGAGGUCAAGACGGAGACGUCCAGCGGCCCUGCAGCCGCUCCCGGUUAUGUCCAUCCUCUGGUACGGUCAGCGCAUGUGAUUGAAUCUUCUCAGUCUAGCGCUACUACUCCUGCAACAGCAACUGCUGCUGCACAGAACGCGGCGACACCUCGGAAGCGAUCCGAGUCAAACCGCCUACCAUCCUCAUCCAUGGUGGAAACACCUCGCAAUGCUCACAUUCGUUCUCUUUCAGAAGGUAACCGGCGUACACCGGGAAUGGCGAACCAAACUUCAUGUUCGUUCCUCGCCUCACCGAUUACCCCUCAUCUAUCUUCUUUGAUGCAGCAUCAGGGCAUUGGGGUCGAUCUCGGCCAGUUAGUUGAUGAGGCCAAGGCCACAAUUGAUCUCGAGGCCUACUCUUCUGGCGAUGAAAAUGACAAAGGGUCGGAAGAUGAGAACCUUGUCCCGCCUCCAUCGUCGACAGACCUGAAUGCAAGCAUGUCGGAGGCUCGUGGAGGUCGACAGCCCAUGCGUACGGUGGGUGCAUCUCAUCAACCCAGUACCAGUCGCGAUGCACGCAAACCUCAGCCAUUAGAGACAUUGACACCCGUGCGAACGGGAGCUUCUUAUAUCUCUUCCUAUGGAUCCACGCCAUCUUCGACCAUGGAAGAUAACGUUGACGGAAUGGAUCUGACGGCGAAUCUUAGCCCCCACACUGUUGAAUCCAACCAAGCUCCCAGCUUGGUGAGCGAUGAUGACGAUGAUGGCGAUGCCAGAUCGGAUACUACUGGCAGUCCUGGACCUAGUUCGUCGGAAGCAGAAGACGAUGACGGCCAAGACUUCAGUCACAUCGACGUGGAAUAUGACGAUGAGACGACCACGGCAGCCGCCACAGAACCCAAGAGUGGUCCUCCGUCACUGGCGAAUUCGGCGCCCACAGCGGCGCCUCUGCCAAAACCGUUGCGACGUGGGAGUCACCCUCGUUCCCAAAACAAGAAAAAGAAGAAUGACCGGUUCAUUUCUUCGUCGACCGCGCUGGACAGUGGUAACAACAAAGAGGAAAAGCACGUGAGCUUUGUCAGUCCCCAACUGAGUCCGGACAGUAGUCCGUCGAAGGGGAAAGAUGGUUACGGUCGGAAGUGAAUUCCUUUUCCCUUUUCUUUUCUGUGGAGGGCUAGAACCUUCAUUUUUAUGUCUUGUAAUGGCGUUUCCUUGCCUCUAUUUUUCCUUUUUUUUUUUUUUUUUUUUUUUUUU